ACCUCAAAAAUAUACCGAAGAUCGCGGCAGAAAGCAUGGUCACAAAAGUGUGGACACAUACCAGAACUUAUCCUGUGACGGAGCCAAUUUGGCCAUCAUGUUUCCAAUUCACAUUUUAGAAGGAUUAAUUGCAUUUAGCAUUCUUUUUCUCGGUCGUAGUUGUUUGUCGACGGAAUCGGAUGUAGCUUGCCCCGUCGGCUGGACAUCCUUCUCCUCGAGAUGCUACUUCGUGAUGCAGAGCCUGUACACGUGGCAGGGGGCUCGGGACGUAUGUCAAGGCCUCGGUGCAAGGGUCAUCGAAAUCACCACAGCGGACGAAAACGACUUCAUGGUGGAACUGGUGGAUGGCGUCACGUUUACAUCCGAGGAUAAGGCGUGGCUGGACUGUACUAACAUUGGGAGGUCACUGAAGGACUGGGUUUGCGGCCCGGAUGAUCAUGAACUGUCAUAUACAUAUACAAACUGGAAACCUAAUGAACCUAACAACGCUGGCGGUGAACACUGCAUGGAAAUGUACGGCACUGGGAUCUGGAAUGAUAAAUCAUGUGAAGCACAAAAUUUGGCUAUCUGUGAGAAAUCCUCAUUGCCGAAAAGCACGAGAAGCAUCUACAUGAAGAGAGAUAUCUCCUGGCCUCCACGAUGCCUCCAGAAUCACGUGAUACAGACCAUCCAAUCAACAUCGCUCGUGCAAUGUGUCAGCCGUUGCCUAGCGACGGGAGAAAGCUGUUUGUCUUUAAAUUACUUGGAAGGGACAAGGGUAUGUCAACUGAACGGCGCCAACGAUGUCACCGCGCCGGGGGAUUUUCAGGAAACAGAAAAUUGCAAAUAUUAUCGAAUUAUGGUGUGAUUGAUUUCCCGAAUCCUGAGGGUGUAUAUGCAUGCGCUCAUCCCGAAGUAAUAUG